AUGUUGUCACUUCACUCAGGCACUGUUUUUAAUCUGUGGAAUGACAUCUUUGAGUGGGACAGGGACCGCUGAGUCCAACGCAGGUACUCAGAGACAGAUUCAGACCCCCACAAUGCCCAGCGAGGCUGCUGCUCCUCCCAUAGUGGGUGGCUGCUGGUUUCUAAGUAUCCAGAUGUCAUUGAGAAGGACAAGAAGUUCAAUGUCACUGAUCUGCUUGCUGAGCCUAUGGUUCAGUUCCAGAGAAAGUGACAUGGAAUAUCUGUGUUUUUAACUGCAUAUGCUAUAUCAGUGUGGGGCUCCGGAUACUUCUGGGGAGAGACCCUGUGGAAUUCCUACUUCCUGGCUUCCAUUCUCCGAUACACCAUUACCCUCGAAGGUACCUGGCUGGUGAACAGCGCUGCCCACAUGUAUGGAAAGCAGCCCUAUGACAAGCUUAGCAGCCCUUGGCAGAACCCACUCGUCGGUCUGGGGGCCAUUGGUGAAGGCUUCUACAAUUUCUACCACACAUUUCCCUUUGACUACUCUGUGAGUGAAUUUGUGAAUUUCAACCCAACUACCUGGUUCAUGGAUUUCAUGUGCUUCCUGGGACUGGCUACUGACCCCAAAUGGGCCACCAAGCAGAUGAUCGAGGCCUGCAAAGAUAAAACAGGAGAUGGUAGUGCCUGA